AUGUUGCCAAACGUAGAUAAGAAGAAACAGGUGCAACCACGCAAAAUUGCUCCAAUGAGAGCUCCAAGUAAUACCACCGCGAUUCCACAAAAAGUUGCACACGCGCGUAAGAGAACCGCACUGGACGAUGUCAGCAAUGUUAGCAAAGUCAACAAUGUCAACAUAGUGCCAACACAGAUAAAACCAUCGGGGAGAAAUGAGAAUAUCAUACAACCACCAAUAAAACCACAAGUAAGACCAGUGAUGGGAAAUGAAAAUUUGGUGUUAUCACAACAAGUAAAACCAUUGGUGAGCAUGGGAACAAGAAAACGCGCUCUGCUUAUGGAUCGUACGAAUAUCUCGGUUAAACCAACUACUACCACCGAGAAAGCACAUGAUAUCACAAAGCCCAUAAUAAAAAACGAGAAUUCAAACUUAAUCUUUCCAGCUGUAGGGGUUAAUGACAUAUCUGAAUUAGAUCGAAAACGUUCCAAGAAACAAAGGAUUCAAGAAUGGGAAGAUUUAGACGCUGAUGAUCUCUAUGAUCCUAUGACAGUUUCUGAAUAUGCAGUAGAUAUUUUUAAAUAUCUAAAGGAAUUGGAGAUCGAUACGAUGCCUAAACCUGAUUAUAUGUUAUCUCAAACUGAGCUAACUUGGAGAAUGCGAGGAAUCCUCGUCGAUUGGUUAAUCGAGGUUCAUCACAAGUUUCGUCUACUUCCUGAAACUUUGUUUUUAGCGGUCAAUAUUAUUGAUCGAUUUCUUUCAGUCCGUGUUGUUUCACUGGUCAAACUCCAAUUAGUUGGAAUUACUGGGUUGUUUAUUGCGGCAAAAUAUGAGGAAGUUUUGGCUCCAUCGGUCAAAAAUUUCAUUUAUAUGGCUGAUAACGGAUAUACAGAAGCAGAAAUCCUCAAGGCAGAACGUUAUGUUCUUACAAUUAUUGAUUUCAAAUUAUGCUAUCCGAAUCCCAUGAACUUUCUUCGAAGAUCCUCCAAAGCUGACGAUUUUGACAUCCAAGCUCGUACUGUUGCAAAAUAUCUUAUGGAAAUUUCACUCGUUGAUUACAAGUUUCUGUCAACACCACCUUCAAUGAUUGCCGCGGUUUCUUUAUAUCUCGCUAGAAAAAUGCUUAACCGUGCUGAAUGGCAUGCAAAUUUGAUUCAUUAUUCGAUGUAUACUGAGGAAGAACUUCGAGUUUGCGAGAACUUAAUUCUUCAAUACCUUAUAAAACCUCUCAAACAUGAGCAAUUAUACAAGAAAUACGCUACGAAAAGGUUUAUGAGAGCAAGCAUAUUUGUAAAAAAUUGGAUAGCAAAAAAC